UAACUGUCUUGUAAAUAAGUCUCGUGUAGUUUGCAUUCUGUUACAACAAUUGCAGUUUAGAUUUUAUUGUACUGCAUUUAUUGGAUUUUCUGAUAUUGACGUCCUUCUCUAUCUUACCGUCUGGACUGUAAAACAGCGAAUUGAAGUUGAAAUUGAAAGUUCUGCAGGGUUGACUAACUGGGCUUCGAUGCCUGGCCAAGUCUCCGUCGUUCUCCAGAGGCGCCGCGGUGUCAUUGUUGAUAGCCUCGUCAAAUUGCCAGUAUAGAGUUUGAUUCGAUUCGGGUGUGAUCGCAAAUCCUGGAAAUCCCUAACGAGCGAUUCGUCUUCCGUCAACAAGCACUUGGUUGAAUCAGUAAGAAACCCCAAUUAAGUGUCUUGUUGGGUUGUCUUAAUGGAUUCGACGAUUAUGGACAAUUAUAGAUUCAAAAGCUGCUCCCUUUUCUCCCUGUUCAAUGAACCGUUUGCUGAUACCGUAGAUGUUGUUUACCCAAAUUGUAAUUUUUAUGGUCCAGGCAGGGUUGUGGGUUGUUGUAAUGGGUAGAUUUUGCAUUCGGCUUUGGUUAUGAUUCUUGCAACAAAGUUUACAGAGUGGUAACUAGCUCCCCUUAUAGUUAGAGAAGAAUGGUUAGGGUAAGGGUGUAUUCGUGGAGGACCAAUUCUUGGAGGAAUCAAGAUUGUGAAUUUGAUCCUCAGUCAAUUUGUUGGUGGUACUUUGAAUUAGCUGUUCAGGAGUAGAGAACAGAUUGUUUCACUUGAUUUAGCAAAUGAGACUGUUGAGGAGGUGUUGCAACCAGAUUAUGAUGAUGGUGUGAAACUAGAAAAGUUGGGGAUUUUGGAAGAGAAUGGUGAAAUCCUGUUAGAUUGGAACACCUAAAAUCUACUUUGAGAGCCUAGUUUCACCUAUAGCUGGCAAUUGGCACACAGAAUGACACCGGUUGCAUAACAGAAGCAUGCAGUUCCAACCAAAUAUGACCAUUAGUGAAUCAGAUGCUGCAAGGGCCAUUAAGAGGGAGAUGCCAGUUGCUCUCUUGCAGGCGUGUUAACCUCAAAUUAAUGAUCAACAGAAAGAGUUGAUAUUGGAUCUUGUGCAAAAGUCCAUUACUUGAAUCCUAAAUUAAUGCAUGGUUGAUACAGAACUGGACAAAGAUAAUGGGUCAAGAGAUGCCUAAGUUCUGGAAGAAGUGAAUGCAAUGGGAUGUAUCAGAAAUGUGUGGCUAAUUUGGAGAAUAUGCACAAAGCACAAUGGUUCAAGCUGAAGCUUCAAGGCCAUUUAAGGGUCAAUUUAGCCCCCUUUGAGAUUUUAGUUUUACUUGUCAACUUGUUCUUAAAUUAUUGCUAUACUUUUCUCUGCCUGUGUUUUUGUUUUUGUGUGUGUGUGUUUUUGUUUGAGUACAUGAGUAAGAAAUCAGCUCAAGUCCUUAGGAAAGGAGUCCCCAAUAAUGUCCCCAUGGAGGAUCAAGCUCAAACCUGCUGGAGGUGUCAUGAAAAGAGUUGUUCCCAGAGCCAUACUGUGGCCUAAAUGCGCCAUAUCCACUGUGUGGCGUCUAACACAAUGGCUCAAUGAAUGAAUUCAACAAGGAGUAAAUAUCAGCAAACAAGGACGAAGUAAUUCCAGUACCAACCGAUUGAGCUCGGACCAAUUGCACUACCAACAUGGAGUCCAUUUCAAGCACCAAAUGAAAAAUUCCCAAGGAACAAGCCAGCCUUAAACCUUCCCUACAUGCCCAUAGUUCCACCAUGAAGCUGGACGCGGUCCUGUUACAUCCCUAUAUUCAUUGCUAUGCUUUUCUUUUCAAAACAUAAAAAGCAGGCUUCUAAGUUUUAUGUAUGAUGCUACAACUCUGCGGUGAUAUUUUUGCUUGGUUUUUUCCUUUUCUUUUUUCAACAUUAGAGCUUAUUUUAAUGCUCUCUUGUGGAAUUCGUGAUAUGGAGAUCUGUAGUGGAUUAGUAUGUACAGGGGUUCAGAACAGCAGAUUUCCCUCGUUCCUGUUAUUUAUUUGAAGGAAGUGGGAUUGAUGGUGUGUUUCUGUCUGAAUUGGAAUUAGAAUUCUGCCAUUCUUGUAGCAGAUAGCCAUUAAGUUGAUGAAGAUGUCGGUUUUAGUUCACAACAAGAUGUAAUACAGAUGUUUUCUGAAC